AUGGACCCUCCGGCUGACAUCCAAUUCGCUUUGGAUGAUGAGGCUCUCCUCAUUCUCGAUUUGGAGCCGAUCGACGACGAUAAUAUCGGAGAACUUCUCGAAGAGAUGGUUGAUGGAGGUGGAGAAGGCGGAGCUGAUGCUGGAGAUGAAGAAGAAACCGGAAAUGAGAACGACCGAAGCGACGACGACGAGAGUGAUUAA